CCGAAGAAGACUGAAGCUGCCAUGCGAUCAACCCGCAAUGUGCAUGGCACAAGCAGAAGCGUAUUCAGAGGCCCUGAGGGCCGAGGCUGAUGAAAGACUUCCUUGUGGAGCCUCCUGUGGGAGCACAUGAGAUCCUAGCUCCCGGUCCAGGGGCCAGCUGUAUUGGAGAAUUGUAACUGUCAACUGCAUGAAUCAGCUACUGCAGGCAGCAGUCCAAGCCCCAUUGCUGGUUGUGCGGCGGGCACACGUAGAAGCUUGUCAUAAUUGGCGCUUAACCAAGUCAGACCAGUCGGUGUGCAUUGUCUGAGCUUGGCAGCCCUUCCUUAGGACCCAAUUGCAUUGGACGUCACUCGUGAGCUGGCAGUGUGCGGCACACAUACUGAACCAUCCUGCUGCUGACAUCGUUGGGGCACCGCGCCACUCCCCCUGCCCGGCCAGCUGCUGCGCGCCACCAUGGCGCAGCAGGUGACGCCGUACCAGGUGGCGCUGUGCAUCCUGACAGACGCAUACGUGAAGCCUGACCCGGAGCAGAACCUGCCGCUGGGGCAGGACCUGUGCCUCUUUUUGGUGCGCGAGGCCCUGUCCAGCGCCAGCUUCCAGGAGCCGCCGCUGCCGCUCCUGCUGCAGCGCCUGCACGCCGCAGUGCCCGCAGAGGACGCGCUGCCGCUGCAGGACUACCUCGUGUCGCGCCUCGCACUGGCCACCUGCCCAGACGACCUCUUCCAGUUCUUCGUCAAGAUCAGGGAGCUGCUGAGCACGAGCGGCCCCCCCGGGGAGGUCCUGGAUGAGGAGGCCAUCCUGCUGCAGCCGGGCAGCGCGCUUGGCAUCUUCGUGCGCCGCGUGCUGCUGGCCUUCAACUCCCUCUCCUUUGAGGCGACGUGCCGGCUGCUGACCAACAUCAGCGCCUACUGCCGCUACUCGGGCAGCCCCACCGCGGAUUCCCUUGCACCAGCCAAUGCGCAGCCGGAGCCUGCUAUGGCCUCAGCGCCGGAGAGCGAUGACGAAUACCCGGAGGACGAGGACGAGUUCGAGGAGGCCCAGAGGAGCGGUCGCCCCCCCUUGCGGGAUGCCGGUUUCCGGCGGGCCUUCGGCAAGCGGGUGCGCUCGCUGCGCACAGCGGGCACAGCGGUGCGGCCCAGCAAGCAGGUGGAGGCGUUUCUGCAGGAGCAAGCGGACGCCAUCGAGAGGGAGGUGGGGUGCGGCAGUGUGGCGGCGAUGGACGCGCAGCUGAGCGAGCUGGAGCGGCUGGCGCCGGGCUUCCCCAAGGUGCAGUACGUGCGCUACCUGGCGCACAUGCAUGCGGGGGACGUCCCCGCUGCCACCGAUGCCCUGCACCGCUACUUCGACUAUGGCACCGGCCAGGACGGCAGCGCGCUCACUGCGGAAGGCGGGGCUAAGGGGCAGACGGGGCGCUUCCAGAACGCGCUGCUGAAUCUGGGGAGCAUGCACGUCCACUUUGGCCACGCCGCUGAGGCGACGCAGGCGCUCAACGCCGCAGUGCGCGUGGCCCAGCAGAGCAGCGACGACGUGUGCUUGGCGCACGCGCUGGCGUCCCUGUGCCACCUGCUGGCGGAGGCGCCGUCUCCAGGGACCGCCCCCGGUGCCCCAGCCGCUGGAGGCGACCAGCGCGGCCCGGCCGAGGCACACCGCCAGCAGCUGCUCUUGCUGCUGCGGACCUGCUUCCGUCGCGCGCAUGAGCUGCGGCUGCCGCACCUCGUGGCCUUCAGUCGUCUCGCCCUCGCCCGCUUCGACAUGCAGCACGUGCGCCUCCUGCCCACCGGCCUGCCCUCCCUCCCCGCUGCCGGACCGCUCGGGACGGACCCCGUCGAGGUGUGCCGCCUGCUCCGCAGCAGCAGCCUGCUCCUGCUGGACGCCAUUGGCAGCAGCCCCGCGCUGCCGUCGGCUGCCCCUUCGGGCGUGCGCGGCUCCCUCAGCCUGGCCGCCAGCGCGUCCGGCCUGGGCGACUCCCUGAGCCGCGCCCCGAGCCAGCUGGCCGCCAGCUUCAGCGUGGGGGCGGACGGCCUCGGCAGCGGGCCGGGCAAGAAGCCCAGCAUGGCCGCAGCAGCCGUGGCGCGCAUGGCCGGGACGGCGCACCUGCUCAAGGCCACCGCCUGGGACCUGUACGCCAGCGCCCCCCUGGCCCACGCCUCGACGCUGGUUCACGCAGCGUGCUACGACGACGUGGCCAGUGCGGACGACCUCUGCCUGGCCGCUUGCCAGCUGGCCUCCCAAGCGGCUGCUGCGCGCGGGCCCACGGGGGGCCUGCGCGUGCUGGCGGCAGCGACGGCGCGGCCCAAGCUGGCGGCCGCAGCCGGGCAGGCGGUCAACCGGCGGCUGCGCAUUGCGGCGCUGCGGCUGCAGCACGACCAGGCACUGCAUCGAGGGGACCUGCGCGCAGCAGAGGAGGCGGUCGCCGAGCUGGCAGCGCUCGCGUGCGGGCCCGGGGCGGAGGCGGAGCUGUGCGUGGACGCGGGGCUUCGGCACGCGGCGGUGCUAGUGGCGGGGCAGCGGUUCGAGGAGGCGGCGGCAGCAGGGGCGGCGGUGCACAGCCUGGCCGUGGCGGCGGGCCUGCAGCUGGACGCAGUGCGCGCGCUACUGCUGCUCGCCAAGGUGCACCUGGCUGCGGGUGCACCUGCCGCGGGCCUGCCGUAUGCCCUGAGCGGCCUCACUCUGGCCCGGGCCUUCCACCUCGACCUGCAUGCGGCGCGCGCCACCCUCACGCUCGCGGAGCUGGCCCUUCUGAGGGGGCCCGCGCACGCACAUUCUGCCAUCCGCCAGAUCCAGCGCGUGCUGCCCGUGGUGCUGGCCCACGGCAGCCUGGAGCUGCGCGCAGACACCCACUUCGCGCUGGCGCGCGCCUGGCUGGCCGCCCUGAAGCCACAACAAGGGAAGCAGUCGCCCGCUGUGGUGUUGGAGCCCCUCCAAGCAGCCUUCGAAGCCUACCGAGAUCUCGAGGCGAAGCCCGUGUGUCGCAAGGUGCUCCUCCUCACCGCCCUGUACUUGAACACGCUAGGCUGGACCAAGCAACGGGACCAGGUGGCCCAGCUAUGCCGGACGUUCAUGGAAAACCACCACCAAAAUUUGUAAUAAACAGGGCUUGUCCUUUGCAAGAGAUUACCUUUCCCCGCCGUUACGUUCACUGCAUCCACACAUCGACUUGGCAAGCGGAUGCAACGCACUUACUUGCCCU